AUGCCUUUCCUCCAGUGGACACUCCCUCGCCGCCAUGGUGUUCAAUCUCCGUCGUCGGCGUGGGUCCUCGCCUUUGCCGUACUCUGCUCUGCGGUAUGGGUGGCAACUCUCCCGCCACGCCUCGUGGAUGCAGUUCCUCUCUCCUACGUGCUGAGUCAGAUCCGCGACACGUCAACCGCGAUUGGUCAGGUCGCUGACAUGAGUGCGGGAGUGGUGGAGUUCGCUGCUGGAAAUGACAAGGUCGUUGACAUUUCCGGAAGCACACAUCUUUGUCCCAUUAAUGACGGCUGGACCAAAGCACUCGCGGGUUACAAAACCAACAACCCGUCUGCUACACCCGAGUCGGACCCGGUUUUUGAGGCGCUCGACACGAUAGUGAAAUCGCCGGGGUCCGUGUCGGCCCUCAACGCCAUGUCCGCCAACGCCAAGAACGCCCUGUCGCGCCUCGAUAAGUUCAUGGCGAUCCCCGGUAACACCUUAGCUCCUGGAAGCUACAAGACCGGGCGGCUCAGCUUCGACACGGAGGUCAACCAGACAAUUUAUGCCUACGGCACCGUCACUGGCGACCUAUAUGCCUUCACUGGGACUGACCGUGGCUCCGUUGACCCCAAAAAUUACUUGACGAAUGGACUUGUAGCAGGAAGCGGUGCUGGAGGGCCGAAAGCAGUGGCGGUUGGGAUAUACUUUCUUACUUUAACAGAAAACACUACUACUGCAACUCUCGGCAAUGAUAAGUUAUCAUCAUCUGAGAUGUCCGUGGUUUUUGUAUCUGACCCGGUGUUUCCCUCCGACAUGGGCUCGCUUACCAGCAAAGAUGCUGGCAGGCUUGCCCUGUAUGGAAACUCCCUAGCUCUGGUUCUUUCUCUGUUUGUGGUGCUUGUGCUCAUUUAA